UAGACGAUCUUUGAGGCGGAAACGUCACAGUCUGAACAAACUGGAUGUUUCGGGGGAAUGUUUUCAGUGAUGCACCUACACUUCCGGGUUCAGAUCACUGAUCACGUCCACGCAGGAAACUGGAGUUUAACGACCCGGAGUUGGACUAAAACCUUAUUAAAGUGUUUGUUGGAGGUCGGAGGUUUCACUCUGUCGGACUUUUACAUCUGAACAGGUUUAGUUUGACUUUAGCGUCUGUUAGCAUGGAUGCUAACGGGUUAGCCGCUGCCACCGCUUUAGGAGCAGCAGAAGAAGAAGAAGAGACACUUUUAAUUCCAACAGAAGAAGAAAAGAAGGAGGAGGAGGAGGAGGUGAAACAGAUGAUGGAGGAGGUGGAGGAGCAGAUGAACAGACUGGGACUAAUGCGGACAGUGGAAGAUCAGUGGGUCCAGACAGACCUCCUUACAUCAGACCGCUCUGUAAACACAGACUCAGACUGGGAGCUUCGUCUGGCGUCCAUGUUGGCGUCCGUGUCCGUUCUGCAGCAGGAGUACGACGCCCUGAGGAGGAAACGGGAGGAGGAGGAGGAGGCGCACGGCAAACACAAGCAGCAGCUGCACAAGAAGAAGGAGGAGGCGACCAGGCAGCACCAGGUUCUUCUGGACAAACUGGAGUCGCUUCGAGUCAAACUGCAGCUCAACAACUCCAAGGCCACCAGGAAGAACUUCACCGCCAAGAAACAGGAAAUGACAUCAGAGAAGAGCAGACUGGAGGAGGAGAACAACAGGUUGGCGAAGGAGCUGGAGGAGAGCGACAGGAAGUUGACGGCGCUCACGGAGGAGCAGCAGGAGGAGCAGAGGAGGUGGAAGGAGGAGCUGGACGUGCUGAGGGCGGAGAUGGAGAUGGCCAGGAAGGAGGCGCAGGAGGCGGAGCUUCAGGCCCUGAAGGACGAGAUCGCCGCCGUGGAGAAGCAGAGGGGCGUGGCCAUGGCUCAAAUCGAGGCCUGGCUUGACGAGGUGGGGGCGUACCUGAAUGCACUGAGGGUGGAGUUUCCUCAUAAGUACCGGCAGGAGAGGCCGCAGUGGGAGAAGAAGGAGGCGGCGGUCCGCAGGAGCCAGGCGGACCUGCAGACCCGCUUCCAGGAGGUUCUACAGCAGCUGCAGCAGGGACGCAGCGUCCAGUCCCUCCCCCGGAUCAGCGUCCCGUCUCUGCCUGCGGUCCCCAUGGCCGACCUGUCCUUCAGCCGUGUGAUGCAGUCCGUGGUUCGACCGCUGGUCAUUCCUCCACAGCCAAUCCCGGCGCCCCGUUUGGGCCCACCCCCUCCUCAGAUAUACCCCAAUUAUUACCCGGUGCCGCCGCAGCUCCGCCUCAGAUACCCAGCCCCGCCCCCCCAUCACUACCAGUACCCACCUCAGCCCGCCUUUCAGCCCCCCCACCCCGCCCACAUCAGAGUGCCAGUCAGGGUGACUCCACCCCCCAGCCUGUCCCCGUCCCCUCCCGUCCUCCCGGCCUCUCCCCCUGCCGCCGCCACUGCCACCGCCACCGCCCCCUCGGCCCCGCCCUCUGCCUCUAAACUGGACAAGGUCCUGGAGAAGCUGGGGGCUCAUUUCCCACAAUGCACCAGGGCCCACCUGACGUCGCUGCUGCAGCAGGUGAAGGGCGCGCGCGGGACGCUGGCGGGCAUGUCCAUGGACGAGAUGGUGGAGCAGGUGGGCGGGGUCCUGGCCCAGAGGGGACGCCCCGCCCCCGGGCCCAUCCAGAGGCCCGCCCCCACCGGUGGGGGGGGCGUGGCCCGGAAACCCUGCCUCAUGUGUCAGAACCCCGUGGACCCGGAGAACCGCCACCCCCUGACCUGCACCCACACGGUCCACAGGGACUGCAUCCGGGUCUGGGUCCAGUCCAGCAAGAACAACUCCUGCCCCUUCUGCCCCACAAAGUGAGUGGACCAGGACCAGGACCAGGACCUGGACCCAGACAAGACCAGGACCAGAAAAUAGACAAGACCAGGACCAGAACCCUGAGAGGACCAGAGCCAGGACCAGGACCCAGACAAGACCAGGACCAGAAAAUAGACAAGACCAGGACCAGAGCCAGGACCAGGACCCAGACAAGACCAGGACCAGAAAAUAGACAAGACCAGAACCAGAACCCAGAUAAAACAGAACAAGAACCCUGAGAGAACCAGGACCAGGACUCAGAGAAGACAGAACCAGAACCCAGGUAGGAGACUAGACGGGACAGGACCAGAAUUCAGACAGAACCAGAACCAGGACUCAGACAGAACCAGAACCCAUAGAAGACCAGGGGAACUACAACAGAACCAGAACCAGAACCAUACAUGUGAGGCUCUGGUCUGUGACGCUGAAGGCUUCAAAUCAUCUGUGAGUUGUUUCUUUUUUUUUUUCAGGUGAAAACGGCAGAAAAACACUAUUUUCUUCAUCAAACUCAGACUCGUUUAUUUUUUCAGAUGAAUUUAAAUCCGUUUAUUCAUAAAAUGUUGAAAUCUUUGUAAAUUCAUGUGAAUAAAACGUCUUUA